CUCAACCAGUUCUACUCUCUUGAAAUAGAAGGGAGUCAUCUUGUUCAAAGCAAGAACAGGAGUCUCAUAGAUGGGAAAAUUCGUGAAAUGCAAGCGUUUUUUGGAUUGACAGUGACUGGAAAACUGGACUCAAACACUCUUGAGAUCAUGAAGAUGCCCAGGUGUGGGGUACCUGAUGUGGGUCAGUAUGGUUACACUCUCCCUGGCUGGAAGAAAUACAAUCUCACCUACAGGUAAUGCUUCUGCAAUUUAUGCCCCUCCCCUUAAAAGGAACAGGCAUAUGACCUCCAAGCAACAAAAAUAAUCAUAGUCUGAUUUGCCAAGCACUUCCUAUGCUCAUGGCACUUGAUAGAUGAUGUAGGCACCACUGUUAUUACCGCCUUAGACACAGCGAAAGUGAAAAAGCUUCUUUAGCAUAGUUUGGGUUACACAGCUCUUCCCAACAGGCUGAUCCUGGCAAAUUUGCUCUAAUCUGUGGCCUCUGCCAUGUCCAUACAAGCUCAGGACUGGAAGCCCUGCCGUCUGAUUAAUGACACUUAAAGGUACAAAUGAAGUGUGCAGAAGGGAAAAUCGGAAGACCGGAGAGCAUAUCCAGUUCCUGUUAGUGAUGUAUGGAAAUCAUACUGUCAAAUCUCAGAUGGACCCCAGACAUCUCAAGGAAGGGGACUGGCUUAUUGGCAGAAAGAGGAAGAGAAUCGUAAAUUACACUCCAGAUAUGGCACGAGUUGAUGUGGACGAGGCUAUCCAAAAAGGCAUAGAAGUGUGGAGCAAUGUGACUCCACUGACAUUCACCAAGAUUUCCAAGGGCAUUGCAGACAUCAUGAUUGCCUUUAGGACCCGAGUCCACGGUCGGUGUCCUCGUUAUUUUGAUGGCCCCUUGGGAGUCCUCGGCCACGCCUUUCCUCCUGGUCUGGGUCUGGGUGGAGACACUCAUUUUGAUGAAGAUGAAAACUGGACCAAGGAUGGAACAGGACUCAGCUUGUUUCUUGUGGCUGCUCAUGAAUUUGGUCAUUCACUGGGGCUCUCUCACUCCAAUGAUCCAACAGCUCUGAUGUUCCCAAAUUAUGUCUCCAUGGAUCCUAGCAAAUACCCACUUUCUCAGGACGAUGUCAAUGGAAUCCAGUCCAUCUAUGGACGUCAACCUACAGGACCCGCUAAGUCAAAGGAACCCACUGUACCCCAUGCCUGUGACCCUGACUUGACUUUUGAUGCUAUCACCACUUUCCGCAGAGAAGUAAUGUUCUUUAAAGGCAGGCACCUGUGGAGGAUCUAUUAUGAUAUCACCAAUAUUGAAUUUGAACUAAUCUCUACAUUCUGGCCAUCUCUGCCAGCUGAUAUUCAAGCAGCAUAUGAGAACCCAAAAGAUAAGAUUCUGGUAUUUAAAGAUGAUAACUUCUGGAUGAUCAGAGGAUAUGCUGUCUUGCCAGAUUAUCCCAAAUCCAUCCGUACAUUAGGCUUUCCAAGACAGGUAAAGAAAAUUGAUGCAGCUGUCUGUGACCACAACACAAGAAAAACCUACUUCUUUGUGGGUAUUUGGUGCUGGAGGUAUGAUGAAGUGACCCAAACCAUGGACAAAGGGUAUCCACGGAGGGUGGUGAAAUAUUUCCCAGGGAUUGGUCUCCGAGUUGAUGCCGCUUUCCAACACAAAGGAUUCUUCUAUUUCUUCCGUAGAUCAAAGCAAUUUGAAUAUGACCCUAAGACAAAGAACAUUACCCGAAUGAUGAAAACCAAUACCUGGUUUCAGUGUAGAGAACCAUUAAAUUCAUCAUCUGAUUUUACUAUCAGUGAGGAAAAAGAACAUUCAGGAGGAGUGGAGUUGAUUUAUCACAAGAAUUUAAACUUGCUUAUUUUCAGUAUUGUUCAUGUGCUUAAAAAAAUCUAUAGUUAUCAAUAAAGUCAUAGACCUAAAAUAAACCUGAAGGGGACUUUUAAUCUGAACUCUGCCUCAAAGAAGAAUAAAACUAUUAUUUAACAUCAAGUUGCCAGUCCUAGUUCUAAAUAUCUAUCAGAUGAAGAGUCAACAGCUAUUUUGAGCUGCCUGAUUCUUUUUACAGGAAGUUAGGUAUCAACAAAACUCUCCCUGUACUUUAAACAUAUUUUUUGCUUUGUAGGCUUGAAGAAGUAAGCCAUGUGUCUUAUAAUAACAAAAUACUGAGAACAUGUAUUAAACCAGCCUUUAGCAUUCUAUUUUGUCUGGAACUUUGGAGUUGGAAAGACUCAAUAAACUGCAUCCCUCAUACCUA